AUGAAGAAGGAUUCUGAGAAGAAAAAAUCAGUAAAGGCCGUUAAGAAUGAAAAGAAGCGUGAAAGGCAAAGAAUUCGAGGCCUUGACCCUAAAGUUGGAAGAAAGGGCAAGAAGAUGGAAAAGGUUCUGGAGCUGAGAACUCAAAAGAAAAAACAAAAGAGAAUUGAGAGAAGGAAACGUAAAGAAGAUGAAAUAAGAGGGAUUCCAGUGAUUAGAAAAACACCGCACACAAUUGAGUCCCUAAGACGUUUCGACGAGACCAUCGUGGAUCCUGAGGAUGUUGAAGUCAAGUUUGAGGAGCAAAUUGACGAGUUUUCUGACCAUUUCUCCAGAAAUAUUACUCCAAAACUCCUAAUAACAUCCACAAGAAGGCCUUCGGAGAAGAUGAGGACGUAUAUGAAGGAGUUAUUGCUGGUUUUGUCAAAUUCAUUUUAUUUUGCGAGGGAAGAGUAUAAGCUGAAGGAGGUUGUGAAACACGCUAAAGAGAACGGUUUCACAAGCAUUUUACUAGUAACUCAAGGCUCCAAUAAGCUCCCAAAUGGCCUUUACAUAUGCUCACUACCGAGAGGACCUACUACAUUUUUUAAACUUACAAGUCUUAAAUUGGCAUCUGAAAUGAAAGGUGCAGGCGUUUUGGUGGCAACGAAGCCCGAAAUUGUUUUAAACUCGUUCAAUACGAGACUAGGAAGAAGAAUUGGAAGACAAAUCGCAUCACUAUUCAGUCUAGACCCAGAAUUUGAAGGCAGAAGAGUUAUUACAUUCCAUAAUCAAAGAGAUAUGAUUUUUUUCCGUCAUCAUAGGUAA